CUGCUCGUGGGAUUCCCAAAUAGCGAGCGGGACAGAGCCGCCCCCGGAGCCCACCCAGAAGCUGCGCAAUGGCCGCCGGGAAGGACAAAGGGAAUGAGUCGGCCCCGGAGCCAAAGAAAGAGGCCAAAGUGGGUCGGGAGGAGUCGCACAAUUGCUGCGGGUGUCGCUUUCCCCUUCUCAUCGCUCUCCUCCAGCUCAGCCUCGGGGUCUCCGUCACCGUCCUCAGCUUCAUCAUGGCUGCCAGCUGCCCCUCCUUGUUGCCCCGGGACACCCCCUACUGGGCCGGUAUCUGUGUGAGUGCGGUGGCGGUGUUGGGUCUGAUCCUGUUGUGUUUGCCCUAUCAGCCUGAUGAGAAGACUAUGUGCCAGUUUGUGCUGAAGUUGCUCUACUUCCUGCUCAGCGCCCUGGGCCUCAUCAUCUGUGUGACGGCGGUGGCAUUUGCCGCGUAUCACCACUCCUACAUCACUAAAUUCACUUGCCACAUGGCUACGGACUGGUGUCAGUGCACAAUGGACUCGUCAGACCCUCUGAGUCGCACCUUUCAGUACCAGAACGUGAGUGACUGCGACUCCAUCACGGGCACCAUGAAGCUCUUUGUUCUGCUGCAAAUGGCUCUGAACCUGCUGCUGGCGCUGGUCUGUCUGGCCUCCUGCUUUGUCAUGUGGAAGGACCGCUACCAAGUCUUCUAUGUGGGCCAGUGGUUUCCUGGCCCCGCCCCCAACGUUGCCCGGCAACAAAAAGUAUAAGCUUUAACCCUUCACUGCUGCAAUACCAAAAGGAACCUGGGGAAAUACCCUUUAAGGCCCAGAGUCUCAUAAUAAUAAUAAUAAUUAUUAUAAUGCUUUCUGAGGAGAGGGGUGGCUUCAGCCCACAAGCAGGAAAUGUGUUAUAUUAACCACUAGUGUAUUGUAUUGGCACACGCCCAGCAUCGCCCUAUUAAUCGCUGAAAUGCUGGGGCUUUAAGGGGAGCGUUUAUGGGUGUUAGAGAAUAAGCCCCACACCUUCUUUUAACUGUUUCCUGCCUCUUUUUCUGAAACAGGAAUAUCCCAGAAGCCUCUGCUUUCACUGCUCAUUGAUUCUCCCUUUCUCUGUCUUCUCUGCCUUUGUGUGAUUUCUUUCUCUUCUUAUAAAAGAUCUUUUGCUA